UACAAGGAAGUUUACAGUUGCUAGUAAAGAUUGUCGUACAGUAGCAAAAUACGUGUGAGUACAGUUACAGCCACCUGUAACAUAUAAUGUAAAGUUAUCUUCACUGUAAGACAGCCACAGUAACGGACACCUACUUACGCUAUGGCUCUGUUUGACAACUGUUUUGUGGUUUUGGAGCUGAAGAAUUUGCCUUAUAAGGAGAAGAAUAGGCUGAAGCUGGCAAUAACAGAGAAUGGGGGCAGCAUUUCCUAUGUGAUCAAUAAGCAGUGUACUCUCGUAGUGACGAGCAGUAUGUCCAGUCUGAGCUCCAGUCGGGUGCGGAGCAUGAAGAAGCAUCAGACUCCAGUAGUAGGGGUGGAGUAUGUGUCACUCUGCCUGGAGAAGGGAGUCCUGCUGCCUGUAGAGGACUACUGCCUGCCCCCCCCCUCCCUCUACCUCUCUCAUCCCACCCAGGCCUGCCUCUCCCUUGCCAUCUCAGUCAGUGUUGAAGGGGACGAGCAAGCCGGCUGAAGUUCAGACCCAGACAGUGAAUGCUGUAAAUCAAGCCGAGAGGGCGGGGAAUCAGGAGAGUACUUACCUGGGCAAAUUCAGAGUGUAUACUGAAAGUGACAAUGAUCUACCAACAUAUCCAACAAAUUUCCAAGUGGCCAAAUACUCCAUUUUUGGAAAGGCUAACAGCAGCACAUGGUCGGUGUUGGAGCUGCAGAGUGGCAGCGCAGAGGGGGGACAGCAGCAGUACCGUGUGGUGAGGUACUGGAGAGAGGACCAUGGUGCUAAGUCAGCAGCUGUGCAGGACAAGCAGGUGUUCCUCUCCAUGUCAGAGGAGGCUGUGGAGGUCUACCAGACUCUCAGGAAGGAGCUGCAGGUCAGAGGACUCACACUGAGGACCACCCUCCCUCCAGAGGCUCCGGAUCUGGGCUCUGCCAGCCUGCAGCAGCUGCUGCUGGAGGAGAAGCUGAGUUGCAGCAGCCUAUCACAGGAAGUGGGCGUGUUCGUGGAGCUGCUCUGGGCAGAGGCCCUUGGUUGUCUGGACAACGUCCUCAAGGUUCCAAUCACCAGCCUCAGUCUCAACGACGUGAGCAGGGCUGAGGGGCUGCUGCUACAGGUCCAGAGGAAGCUGAGGGCGAGACAGGGGGAGGGGCCAGACACUGAUGUGGCUUCUCUAAUGGAGGAGGUCUACACCCUCCUGCCACACAAAACUGAUCUGUCCCAUCUCCCUCUCCACACUAAACUCAUCUCAUCGCAACUGGACCUCUGCCAGUUGAUCAGAGACGUGCUGAAUGUGAGCGAGGCAACACUGAGAAGCCCCAUCCCUUCUUGUCUGGGGAAGUACCGCGCCCUGAGGUGUAGCAUUGAAAGAGUUCCCUCUGGUCCUGAAUUUCUGUAUGUCACCGAACUUCUACAGGACAGACAGGUGCAGAUCUUGCAGGUGCUGAGAGUAAACAGAGGGGUAGAGCUACAGAUGUUUAGGGAGGAGCUGGGGAACGUUAAGCCCCUCCUCCACUCCUCCAGCCCCAGCAGCUUUGUGGGGAUCCUGUCUCGGGGUCUGUUGCUGCCCAGAGUUGGAGUGGAGCAUCAUGGGAUUGAGAGAACAGACAUUGGGAACUUGGGCGGUGGCAUCUACUUCAGUGAUUCAAUCAGUACCAGUUUGAAGUACUCUAAGCCCAGUGUGACGGACGGCAGUCGGCUGCUGCUGGUGUGUGACGUGGCGUUGGGGCGCUGUACUGACCUCCAGAAGAGGGACAGCAGCCUGACUCACUCCCCUGAGGGAUACCACAGUGUACAUGGGGUUCGCCACACCCCCAAGAAACCCUCAGAGUUUGACGAUGAUGAGUAUGUGGUGUACAGCCCGGAGCAGGUGAGGCUGCAAUAUGUGGUACAGUUCAGACUGGAGGAGGACCAGCUGAAGGACUUCCAGCCCACCAUAGAUACUUCUUCUACCGAGCUUCCGCUUCCUGUCUCUCCGUCUGACCUCUUGUCCUGUUGUGAGGCUGAGGAGGAUGUUGGGAGCUGUAAGAACCCUCUAGAGGAGGUGACUGCAGGCCUGUUGGACUGCUCUGGACAACCACUCCCCCUACAGGCCGUUCAUGUCAGGGCCAGGCUGAUGGAUCUGCUCUCCCAGGUCAUCAUCUUCCAGACAUACACCAAUCAGAGCACCGCCCCCAUCGAAGCCAAGUACGUCUUCCCAUUGGAUGAUUCUGCUGCUGUGUGUGGUUUUGAGGCCUUCAUCAAUGGGAAACAUGUAAUGGGACAGGUGAAGGAGAAGCAGCAGGCGCGUAAAGAGUAUAAACAGGCCAUAGAGAGAGGCCAUGGAGCUUACCUAAUGGACCAGGAUGCACCUGAUGUUUUCACCAUCAGCGUUGGGAACCUGCCUGCCGGUGCCACCGUCCUUAUCAAAGUUACCUUUGUCACCGAGCUGGUCGUCAUGGAGGGCUUGAUCAACUUCUCAUUGCCCGGUAGUGUGGCGCCAUGGCAACAGAGCUCAGCGCUCAACCAGAGGACUCAGGUGACUUUGGAAAAGGUGUGUGUGACCAACCUGGAUUCCCAAGGGGAGUUCAGUCUGGAUAUGUCCAUUGAGAUGCCCAACGAGAUCAUCAACCUGCACUGUCUCACACACAAAGUCAAGAUCAAGAGGACCGACUGUAAGGCGGUGGUGAGGACAUGUCCAGGUGAGACUCUGGGUCCAGAUGGGUUCCUGGUCUGCUUCAGUCUGGCUCAGAUCCACCUACCCAGGAUGUGGGUGGAGAAACACCCAGAUAAAGACAGCCAGGCCUGUAUGCUGGUAUUUUACCCAGACUUUGAGCCCUGCCCCACCUCCAGCCCCAUGUCCGGCUCCAGUGAGGUGAUCCUGCUGUUGGACUCGUCUGAGUCCAUGAGAGGAGAAGCUCUCCAGAACGCCAGGAGAAUCGCCCUGCAGCUUCUGAAUACCCUGGACCACCACAGCAUUCGAGUCAAUGUCAUCUCCUUUGGCUCAGACCAGAAGGAUGCUUUUCUCUCUGCCAACCCUCUAAUCGAGGCCCUCCAACCAGCCAAGAAGUUCAUCAUGUCCUCCUCACCUGUUGGGGGCAGCACUGAGCUGUGGAGGCCCCUGCGCAGCCUGAGUCUGUUGCCUCCGUCGCAGGGCGUAAGGAACCUGCUGCUGCUAUCAGACGGUCACGUCCAGAACCAAGCCCUGACCCUGCAGCUGGUCAGACAGCAUGCCCAGCACAGCCGCCUCUUCACCUGCGGCCUCAGCCCAACAGCUAAUCGGCACAUGUUGCGGGCCCUGGCCCAGGCAGGGGGAGGGGCCUAUGAGUUCUUUGACACAAAGACAAAGCACACCUGGCGAGAGAAGGUGGCGUGCCAGGUGAAGCGCAUCGUGUCUCCAGGCUGCAGCUCUGUGUCUGUGAAGUGGCAGCAGUUUAACCCCUCAGCUCCCCCCCCUGUUCAGGCGCCCUCUCAGCUCCACGCACUCUUCACUGACUGCCACACCCUGGUCUACGGCUUCGUGCCACACUGUACACAGGCCACUCUUCUUGGAGACCUGAGUGGUCAGAACAUUGAGACGAUGGUGUCCACCACUGAGCUACAGAAAACCAGGGGCACGUUCCUUCAUAAGCUCACAGCGAGGGCCGUUAUCAGAGACUAUGAGGAUGGAAGUCUUCACACCAACGAGGCUGAACAUGAGGGGAAGAAAUCAGUGAUGAAGUCCUUCAUCAUUGAGCUGAGCAAAGAGUUCUCCAUCCUGUCUCAGUUUACCAGCUUUGUUGCCAUCGAGGAGAGGGACUCAGAGCAGCCUGACGUGGGCUUCACAGAUGUUCCCAAACUGAUCUCAGACGAGGACGUCGACUUCUUACCUUACCUUAGCUGGCAGCAGGAGGAAUAUGAGGGAGAUGGGAUGGACUCGGGAUCAGACUCAAUGUCAAACUUGCUGAAUGGUGGGCCAGGGCAUGUUUUAUGCAGAAAUAUCUGUCUAGAGGAGAGGGGGAUGGGGGAGGAGCAUGAAUCGAUGGUUCAACUCCAGGUGGAUGACGAAUCAUGGGAAGGAUCUGUGAACUUACGUUCCAAAUUUCUCAAUCAGAGGGCUACGGAUGAUGUGCCUCUUGGUAGGACACUUAAUUCCUCUUACUUCAUGGGCUCUAUGGUUUUUGCCAGCCCAGGUACCUUGUCCGCUGCUACCGAACCUCUAGAUAUGACUUUGAAGAUUGAAGGAGCUGUGACGGAUGAAGAGAUGGAGUGCUUUGAUGACAUGGUCUUUGAUUUACAGGAAUCUGAACACCCCCUUCGUGGCUCAGUAAUCAUGCAUAGUGAGGCUCUGUCCUCUUCUUUCUCUCCAACUCUCCACACGCUUUCAGGCAGCCAAUGCAUACCAGACACCACAUACCUUUCUACCACUAUGGUGCCUAUGGCUAUGGAGACGGAUUUCAUCCCUGAGCUGUCUGAUACCUUCUACUCUCUCCCAAACAUAGUGAGGCGUGCGAAGAGUAGAGAGGGAGACUUUAGACGGGCGGACAGACACAGGAAGGUUUGUGACGGUCCGGCAUUUGACCCUGUAGAGACACAGAAGAAGUCUCUCUCUGUUGCUGAUGUGCCUCGUCCUCCUCCCUCUGUUCAUCAUCUUCAGAUCAAGUCUUGCGUUGUUGCUGAUGUUCUUCCUCCUCCACCCCCUGCUUCUGCCCUCAGUUCUCCUGGUCCUCGUCCAUCUCGACUGCAGUCUUUCUUUGCCACAGUUUCAGAUGCUCUUCCUCCUCCACCCCCUGCUCCUGUCCUCUGUUCUCCUUGUCCUCCUCCAUUUCGACCUCAGUCUUUCUCUGCCAGAGGUUCAGGUUCUCUUCCUCCUCCCUCUGCUCUUGUCUCCAAUGAGUUUCGAGCGAUUAGAUACGAGAUGGGAGUUCAUGCCAGACCUGGAGUUGGGGCUAUCUCCCAUACUGCAACCUUCCCGAAACUGCGAGCCGUUGGGGACCUGCUACUUUCCAAACCCCGAGAGCCCUAUCCUGUGGAACUGUCGUCAAUGUGUGAGACUAGCAAAAUGUGUCUCUUGGAUAAUAGCUUAUCCGAAUAUAAGGAUUGUGGACUAGUGGAAAUAGACCACUGGCAACCUUCUGUUGUCCCUGCCUCUGUGCCCCCAUCAGGGUUUGGUUUCGGGGGCAGAAGGGCAGGUUCUCAAAGCAGACAACCUCACAGCUCUUUGUUUGGGGCCACAGCCAGUGCAUGUUACAUUCCAGGUUUAUAUGAGGCUUCUUCAGCAGGCGGACCACCUCUUGGAGGCUCAGCUAGAUCAAUGGGGUUAAGUUUUGAGGCACCACUUACUGGCGGACACCUCAGCUCCCUUUCACCUACCACUCAUGGCGCCUAUCUGACCCAAUCUUUAGGGGCCUUAGUUGGAUCCUCUCAGUUUGGUAGCUCUCUCAAUACACUACAACAACAUCAUGUACUACCACAAGCACAAAAACCUCUGGAUAUGAAAAAAAACAUACAAAAACUUGUCGGAGACAGUGAAAGGUAUGUGUCAGCGUCCGUUCGUCCGUCACUUUGUCUGUCUGUGUAUGACCUCUAUUGGAGACAUGUAUUGUUAUGUGUAGCUCUGUGGUAUCCUAAUGAGGUAGGUUUUGAUUUCAGGAGGGGAGGUCUUGAAUUCAGGAAGAGAGGUCUUGAAUUCAGGAAGAAUACUCUUGAUGUAGUAAAAUGGACAGAGAUUUUUGCCCUCCAGCACUCGGAAGGUUACUGGGAGUGCUCUGCCAGCCUGGGCUACCUCCUCGGUGUGGAUGUGGACUACUUUGCAAAUGUCUUCCUGAAGAAUAGAGGCAUCAGCUCUCUAGGUGUGAGGGCCCAUGCUGACAUCCUGAGGCUGGUGGCCAGUCUGCUGGUGCUGCAGCUGAUGAGGGUGAGGAGGCUAGAUGAGGGGAAGCUGCUGCUCAGCCUGUUCCGUCUGGACCUGGACCACUCUCCUCCUCAGCCCAGGUGUGAGCGCUGGGAGGCAGUGAGGAGGGCGGUGGACUGGGUGUGUUGGGCAGACAGGGAGUACCCGUGUGUGUGCAGCAGGCUGGAGUUUGGCUGGGACUGGGAGUCGUCCACACGGCAGCUCCUGGGCAUCGACCCCCCGCACCCCCUCUCUCCCCUCAUCCUCCUCGGGACCACAGGGGGAGUGAGGGCCCAAUGACUUCCAGAAGGAUAAAGGUGUAUGACCAGUAUAUACAUCUGCAGCUAUUGCUUUUACUAUUUCACUUAUUACGAGGUUAAGGUACUAUGCUAUACUGAUAACCUCUUCAGUGAUCAAAUCAGUUUUGUAAUUACAAAUCUUUGCAUUUAAAGGUGUGAUUUUAUAUUUUAUCAAAAUACAAGAGCAAUCAUUUCUAAAAUGUAUUGAUACUCCUCAAUCUAUGGCCAUGUUCUAUAUCCAUACAGCUGUCAUUGUGUGAUUUCAGACCUUACUCCAAUUUUCUUUCUGUUUUCUUUGUCUGACUGAAAUAAUCCUCUGAUGGAUAAGCAGAACAGCAGGGUAAUGUGGUCAUGCUAUUGGUCACUCGGGUUCCUAUUCGAUCCUUUACACACACACCUUAAAGCCUUUCUUAAAGAAUGGUUUGAUUUAAAGUGUCUGUUUCACAAUAUAUAAACAUAGUCAGCUUGAAUCUGUGUGUGUUACAGCACGAAAGUCAAAUCCAAAAGAAUCCGACUCGCUAGUGUUGUGUUCACCACAAGGUGUCGCUAUAAGAAAGGUCAAGGUUAAUGACUAUUAAUAAAGAUGUAAAUCAAUGCAUACUGGGAGAAGAAUAAGAUGGAUGCCUACACCAUACAGUAAAGUCACAUUCAUCUUA